AUGAAAUACUCACUCGUCCUCCCGCUCCUCGCUACGACCGUCCUUGCGGCACCGGCUACGGAGAAACGCCAGGACGCGACAUGCACUGUCCCAACGACCUUUCCUUCCACCGCCAACUCCAAGUUGCCGAACCCCUUCAAGUUCUUCGACGGAAGGGCUGUUACUACGAAAGCGGAUUUUGCAUGCAAGAACAAGGAGGUCAGCGCUGCCAUGCAGGCACAAGAGCUCGGUGACUUUCCCAAGAAACCAUCAAGCGUCACGGCCACCUUCUCUGGCUCCUCUCUUUCCAUCACCUCGACUGAGGGAGGAAAGUCGGUUUCCUUCUCGGUCUCCAUUAAGAAGCCCAGCGGAACUGGCCCUUUCCCUGCCAUCAUCGCAUAUGGUGCUGCCAGUCUCCCAGUCCCAAGCAAUGUCGCGACAAUCACUUUCAACAACGACGAUAUUGCUCAGCAGCAGGGUGGCAACAGCCGUGGAAAAGGCAAGUUCUUCGACCUGUACGGUUCCAGCCACAGUGCAGGUGCUCUCACCGCCUGGGCAUGGGGUGUCGACCGCAUCAUCGAUGCUCUUGAGGCCACUCCUAGCGUUGGCAUCGACCCCAAGCGCGUUGGUGUGACUGGAUGUUCUCGCAACGGAAAGGGUGCUUUCGUCGCGGCCGCGCUCGUUGACCGUAUCGCUCUGGGUCUGCCCCAGGAGUCUGGCUCUGGUGGUGCCGCCUGCUGGCGCAUCUCCGACUCUGAGAAGGCCAAGGGGAAGAACAUCCAGACCUCCAGCCAGAUCGUCGGCGAAAACGUCUGGUUCUCCACGAGGUUCAACUCCUUCAGUACCAAGUCCAACACCCUCGCUACCGACCAUCAUCAACUCGCUGGUAUGGUUGCUCCUCGUGGCCUGUUGGUCAUCGAGAACGAGAUUGAUUGGCUCGGUCCCGUUUCUACUACUGCUUGUAUGAAGGCUGGUCGCCUCAUCUACAAGGCUCUCGGUGUGCCAGACAACAUGGGCUUCACUGGCUCUGGCAACCAUAACCACUGUUCGUUCCCGUCCAACCAGCAGACUGAUCUUACUGCGUUCAUCAACAAAUUUCUGCUCAACCAGAGCUCGAACACGGCCAACAUCGAGAAGGGCCCGUCUGGUGCCGAUGCUGCGACGUACAUUGACUGGACUGCACCUACACUUACUUAG